UCGCCUGUCAAAUACACAAAACAGACGACGCACCCACAGUGACACCGCCAAACUUGCUCGUACACCAGCUGCAGGAGUGGAUCAACCGGCCAAUAUCGAUGGAGAAGAGGAGAGUAGCCAUCGUCGGCGCCGGCGUGAGCGGCCUGGCGGCGUGCAAGCACCUGCUGGAGCGCGGGUGCCGGCCCAUUGUAUUCGAGGCCGACACCGUCCUCGGCGGCGUGUGGGCGCACACGCCGGAUUGCACCUCGCUGCAGACGCCGCGGCCCUUGUACCAGUACUCCGACUUCCCGUGGCCCGACUCAGUGACGGAGGUAUUCCCGGACCACCGUCAGGUCAUGGACUACCUCGGCGCCUACGCGCGCCAUUUCGGCGUGCUCGACUGCAUCAGGUUCGGGCACCGGGUGCUCGGGAUGGAGUACGUCGGCGUCGGCGAGGAGACGGUGGCGGCGUGGGACGAGUGGGGCGGGAGCGGCGGGGCAUUCGGCUCUGGCGACGGCGUGUGGCGACUUGAGGUAGACAACGGCGCCGAUGGACAGAUCGAGACACACAUUGUAGAUUUUGUGAUCCUUUGCAUUGGGAGGUUCGGCGGUGUCCCCAACAUACCCACCUUCCCUGUAGGGAAGGGCCCAGAAGCAUUUGAUGGCCAGGUGAUGCACUCUAUGGACUACUCCAAAAUGGGCAGCCAGAAAGCUAAAGAGAUGAUGCAGGGCAAGCGUGUGACCGUAGUUGGAUACCUAAAAUCAGCACUUGACAUUGCUGCUGAAUGUGCAGAAGUGAACGGUACUGAGCAACCAUGUACAAUGAUUGUCCGAACAAAGCAUUGGAUCAUACCAGACUACUAUGCUUGGGGUGUCCACAUAUCAAAGUUGUAUCUAAAUCGCUUUGCUGAGCUCCUUAUUCACAAGCCCGGUGAAGGCUUCCUCCUUGGCCUCUUGGCAACAACUUUAACUCCAUUGAGGUGGAUUUUUUCAAAAUUUGCUGAGAGCUACUACUCCAUUCCAAUGAAGAAGUAUGACAUGGUGCCUGACCAUAGCCUAUUUGAGGCGUUAGUGGCAUGUUUGAUUGCCAUUACGCCAAAGGAUCACUACAAGAGACUAGAGGAAGGUAGCAUCGUUCUGAAGAAGUCAAAGACCUUUACCUUUUGCAAAGAAGGUGUGCUUCUUGAAGGCGAAGCUUCACCAACAAAAAGUGACUUAGUGAUUUUUGGAACUGGAUACAAGGGUGAUCAGAAGAUCAAUGAUAUGUUCAAAUCAGAAUACUUUCGGAGUAUUGCGGUUGGGUCAACAUCCACAACUGUACCUCUUUACAGGGAGUGCAUACACCCUAUGAUCCCACAGCUCGCGGUCAUCGGUUACUCGGAGAGCUUGGCAAAUCUUUACACAACAGAACUUCGAGUCAAGUGGAUAACACAUUUCAUGGAUGGUGGCUUUAGAUUACCAUCUGUUGGAGCAAUGCAAAAGGAUGUUCUUGAGUGGGAGAAGUUCAUGAAGCACUACUCUCGUGGCUACUUCCGUAGGUCCUGCAUUGGAAUCCUUAAUAUAUGGUACAACGAUCAACUAUGCAAAGAUAUGGGAUGCAACCCUAGAAGGAAGAAGGGCUUCUUCGCAGAGUUGUCUGAGGUUUAUGGUCCUGGUGAUUAUGCCAAUCUCCACCCAAAGUAAUAUAUGUUCCUAUGUUUUGGUUUAUGUAUCUUUGCAUGGUUUCUUGAUAAACCACUGGAUACACACAUUUAGUAAAGUUGUUGUCACUUCUGAGCUACAGUUUGUACAAUAUGUAUGUCUUAUCUAUGUAAAUUUCACUUAUUUUUA